AUGACAACCUCUAACUUCCAUACGCCUCCAAUAAUCACGUCCACCAUUGGUGGCUUCCCAAAUCUCGAUCGGCAGCCUCCGCUGUUGACGUUAUUCACACCACCAGGCGAUUGUGCUCACCAAUGGUACUAUGAUCCCGAAAUAGAAGGCACAGUUUGGAGCGACUCCCGGCAUCAUUCUGCCUGGAAUAUCUGCCAGCCAUACUCAGUGAACGCGUACUACACCCCGGGGAUUUGUCCGAGCGGACAGGAGUUCAAGAGGGUUAUAAAUUUUGUCUUUCCGCAGGGAGAUGUGACAGAUACCUUUUAUGAAGGGUACUGCUGCACGUCGGAUUUCUCCAUGGUCGAAUUCACCAAAGGUUACCCGAUCUGCGUAUCAACGUUCAAGGCCGGCCUCACGGCAAGAUUGACUGCUACCGAAACCGUGAGUGGUUACGCUCGCGAAUCUUCCACAGUUCUCGAAUCAGUUGUAACGGCAGUUGGCGCGUACGUUGUCAUAGUGUGGCACCAAAAUGAUACCACGCAAUUUCCCGAGUCGCUGCAGCCUACACUGCGCGUCGCCAUGGGGCUGGCUCCCUUCUUGUCUUCUUCAACCACUUCCACGAUAUCCCAAGUAACCACGUCCACACCCAUUUUCACCCCCACCCACGCGACAACGACAUUCGCAGCAGCGGGAGCAGCAGAAAUGUCGCAUUCAAGCCGACCAGGUGUCUCCCCAGGAGUCAUAGCCGGGAUAUGUAUCGGCACUGUCGCCGUCCUCGUCCUCUUGGCCACUCUCGGCUUUUUUGCACUCCGCCGAAGAUGGAAAACCCCUGAAUCGACCAUGGAGCCGGACUUGAAUUCCAACACAACAGGUAGUAGACUGAGCUGGAUCAAGUGGUGGAAGAAAGGCACCAAAAACGCAAAGACCCCACCAAACAUCCCCGAGAUGGAAGCCAGUCACAGCACAUACAAGCAUUUCAGUGGCGGGGCAUGGCGGGGCGAACUACAAGGGGCUGUACACGCGCGGAAUCUGAGCGAGGGAUCGCAACACGUCGGUGGCACGUGGAGGAAUGAGUUGCCAGGCCAUGGUGGGCAUUCGCGGAAUCUAAGUGAAGGGUCGCAACACGUGGGCGGGAUGUGGAGGAAUGAGUUACCGGUAUAUGCAGGAGGAUCGCAUGGGCAUUCGCACUCGAGGAAUCCGAGUGAUGGGUCACAGGGGGGCAGUUAUUACUCCGGGUCUACGGCGUCAAGUCCGUGGAUAGUGGAGAUGGAGGGGUCGGUGCCGGUGAGGGGGGAGGCGAUUCCGGAGGUGGGGGAGGAUGGUGUAGUUGGUCAGGAGGUGUGGAGUCAUCCGCGGAGUUGA